AUUUAUUCAUGUAAUAUUUUAAAGUGAUCAUAUACAAAAAUUGUCUAAAGACAGUAGCAAAAAUGCGUAACAAUGAAAUAUCGACCAUAUAUUUGUUGUUAGUAUUAAUUUUAUGUGCAGAAGUGUAUAUGAUAAAUGCAAGACAUUUGAUUAAAAAGAGGAAUUAUAGCGAUCAAAGUGUAAGAGGUUAUUUAGCAGAGCGGACUUGUUGGUGGAAUGAAGUUUGUAAAGAAGAAUUUCACAGUAAAUUUCGAUGUCGUUGUCCAAGAUGGUCCUAUUGCCGUGCUCCUGGUAGAUAUUACGAUGCACAUUGUAGUAUGACACGUACAGGCUAUAUUUGGACUCAACCAGAAACUUCGUUAACUCUUGAAGUUAAUAAAUGAAUUUUUUUUUAUAAAUCUUUUCUCAAUUGCAUGUAUUGCAAAUCAAAAGUUCUUAAUACCAAAUUUAUGUAAUAUUAUCUUAUAGAAGUUAAUUAAAUUUAAAUUAAUUUAAAUUUAACUUUAUCAAUAAAUUUUAUC